AUGAGGUUUUAUAUAGUUCUAGAACUAGUCUGUCUUGCAGCACUGACUGCGAAAGCAGACAAAGAUUUACGUCAAGUCUUCAAGGAUUGGAAAGUUCAGUUCAACAAGAAUUACGGAGGUGGACUCAGAAAUGAACUGGCCCGAUUCCGUCAGUUCAAGAAGUCUGCUCAGACUAUCGAAUACAUAAACUCUAUCCAGAGUGAUUGGGUGGCUGGGUUCACACUGUUUGCAGAUAUGACUGAUGAGGAGAAGGCUGCCUUCACCGGGCUGAAGCUUAACGACACUGCAUUAGAGUCGAACUUAGAAAUCGAUCCGAGUCCACUGGACCCCACCGAUCCUGAGAAGCAAUACUGGGACAUGGGUCCUGUCAAGAACCAAUGGUCCUGCGGAAGCUGUUGGGCUUUUGCUGCUGUUGGGGCCAUGGAGGGUAGGCAUCUAAAGGAACACGGAGAAUUCAGGGACUUCUCGGAACAGACGUUACUGGACUGUACCUUCGAAGGAAGACGUGACGGCUGCACGGGAGGUUGGAGUGAGCUAGCCAUCAAUUGGGCUGGUACUGACAGCAAGAUCUCUCAUUCGAAAUUGUAUGGCUACCUACCAAUCCGAAAGGACAACAAAUACAGAUGGAGUGAUGGAGAGUGCACAGACCUGAAGAAACCCUACAACAACGCAUUGAGAAGAGCUAAACCGUUGGCAUAUCUUGCUAGUUACCGCUCCAGGAACGAUGCUGGGCUACAGCAUGCUCUAGCUACAGAAGGACCCGUGGAAGUGGACAUUUACAGUUCCUGGGCAUUACCUUUCUACACUACCGGCACCUACAGAGGCGACGGGUGUGGGACGAACCCAACUCCCAAUCACGCAGUGGUGGUCGCCGGAUAUGAGAAGGAUUACUGGUACGUGAAGAACAGUUGGGGAAGUUGGGGUUACAGCGGAUACGCUUACUUCUCCAGAGGUUGGGAGAACCUAUGCUCUAUUUCUGCCCGAAGAAAAACUAUCGAGUGGUGGCCUAGCAGUGAAUGGAAAAUUUGCACGGACACCCACCCCUCGGAGCGCACACCAUGUGAUUCCAGUGCCAACCUGAACCAGGAGGUCUGUCAGGCUAGAGGCUGCUGUUAUGAUUCCAACUACGCGGGAACUGCCGCUCAGUGCUUCAUCAAGGGCAAGGUAACUAUCUACGACGAUGAAGGGAAGAGGCGAGUUUUGUACGCCUCAGCUGAAGAGUUUAGUCAGUUCGAAUUCAGCUACUACGGAAAAGCGGCUCAGGUGGAAAUAGGAUCCUGGAAACUGUUCGUCGAAGAUGAUUACUAUGGGGACUAUAAGAUAAUCAAACCAGAAGAUGGUAAAGUUACUUUCGACUUCCAAUCUGUACAAAUAUUGAAUAAUUAA